UGUGGCGCCGACGGCGGGUCGCGCUCCGUCGAAGACGUCCAGGCAGCGUGCAGGGAGCGUGCGCGGAACCCUCCAGGGAGCGAUCAAAGUGCGUCCAGGGAGAGUUCAGUCCGCCUCCAGGGAGCAUUCGGAGUGUGCCCCGAGGAAGCAGCCCCGGCUGCCUGACAGCAGACUAUGGCGGACCGCGUGUUCCCGACGCCGCCGCCGCGUCGCAAGAACUCGGCUGAUCAUGCGGCGACGCCGCCGCAACCGCGGCGGCCGCCGAAGCUGGACGUGGUGGCUGCGUCUUCGCCGCCGCCCGGCCGCCGAGCUGACCUGGAGGCCGGCCACCGUCAGCCCGGGCCGGCUCAGGCCGAGCCCUGGGGCCUCACCAUGCCCGCCGUGCUUUCCAGCAUGGACAAGACCAAGGUGGCCUCCUACCUGCAAAGUCGCAUGAAGGACGUGAAGGACGGCGCCUUUCAGACGGCAAAAAGCAGCCUCAGCUUCGGCGAGCGCUUCACGCUGGCCGUGCUGGACAAGAUGAAGCGGUGGUCGCGACGCGGCUUCACCCACAUCUUCCUCUUCGCCGUGCUCAUGUUGUACAACGCGAUCGGCGCCUGUGUGAUGAUGAUCCUGGAAAAGCCGGCGUCCGGGCAGCACAGGGACCUAAAUCAGCUGAAGCUGGACGUGGUAGAGCGUCUGCUGAACAGAACAGAUCCCGAGGCGGUCGUAAACGCGACGGAGUUCCGGCUGGAGGUGCAGAGUGAGAUCGAUGCCCUCCUCGAGACGUCUUUUGAGCAGUUUAACCUGUUGCGCUGGCACCCGGACCCGGAUGACAACCCGUGGGGCUUCUGGGGAUCCAUGUUCUUCUGUUUCACCAUUCAUUCGACCAUUGGCUAUGGCCACUUGUCGCCGGCCACCAGCGCCGGUAAGGCGGUCAGCAUCAUUUACGCGAUCAUCGGCAUCCCCAUCUUCCUGAUCGUGCUGGCCGACUAUGGCAAGCUGUUCACGCGCGGCCUCAAGUUCGUCAUGGCCGCCGCCUACCGGCUCUACCACACCAAGAGCUGUACGCGGGUCCGCCGCACCGCACCGGUCGAGCACAUGGUGAAGGGGAUCCAGGCGGCGUAUGACAAGACCGGACUGGGCGGUGACGAGCCAACGCAUGCCGAGCCGGAGGCCGACGACGACGUCGAGGCGGUCGUCCAGAUAGACGACGAGUUCAACCUGCCCGUCUCACUGGCGCUCUUCAUACUGCUCUCCUACCUCUUCAUCGGUGCCAUCAUGUUCGUGCUGACAGAGGACUGGUCGUACUUCGACGCCUUCUACUUCGUCUUCAUUUCCAUGACCACCAUCGGCUUCGGAGACCUGGUACCUUCGUCGGCUGGCGUGAUGAUGUGCACCACCCUCUACAUGAUCUUCGGCCUGGCGCUCACCAGCAUGUGCAUCAACGUGAUGCAGGAGAAGAUGACGCUGCACUUCAAGCACGCCAGCGUUAAGCUGGGCACGCGGUUCGGCGUCAGCGUGCCUGUGACGCCGGCGCCGCCCCUCAUCGAGGUGGCACCUGUGCACGGCAAGGACAAGUAGCGCGAACGGCGACAGCGAAGCCUGAGGAGACUGAGCGGCGCCGACAGACCGUCCGAUGGUGGCCGGUCUGUCGGCAGACCGUCCGGCGGUGGCCGGUCUGUCGGCAGACCAUUCGGCGGGGCCGGUCCGCCGGCAGACCAUUCGGCGGGGCCGGUCUGUCGGCAGACCGUCCGGCAGUGGCCGGUCUGUCGGCAGACCAUUCGGCGGGGCCGGUCUGCCGGACCGUCCAGGGGCCGCCGGACUGCCGCCCCGGCAUAACUCCGCCCUCAGUGAAGCAGGUGUCGCUCGUGCGCCCGCCACCUGAUUGACUGGGGCUGAAAGGUCUGACCUGAGGUCACGACCGCUCAAAGGUCACGUUUCGGCUCAGAGCUGCUGGCUGGUUCGGGGCCGCUCUGGCGAAGGAAGUUUUGUCAGCACCGUCCCCUAGUGCCUUCCAGGCGACCCCGACGAAUGGCCCGGCCAGCACCGCCCCUCAGUGCCUUCCAGGCGGCCCCAGUGUGAACUGGAUGAGAUUAUCGCGCAGCCGACGGCGGGAGAGUGCCGCCGGCUGGGGAAGUCGGAGUGUUUGUGUGUAAACGUCGGCGCGGUGACGGCACCGAUGCCACGAAUCGUGUGUUUGCGUGAAACCGUGGGACUGCGCCAGUGGUGUUUGCCGUGAAUCGACUCGCCUUUUUCGUUUAGUACGGCAAACCGCAUGCGCGUGAAUGUGACGACCGUUCACGUGUGCAUGAGUGACAGUGAUUUAUAGGGCUGUCACCGGUUCAAUACUAACUUUCUGGAAAAAGGUAGGCUGAUCAUGACGUGUGCAAAGAAUAACUUCCGCUUUUUUGCUUCCGUGAUUUGCAAACAUGGAGGUCGAUGGCGGCGAUGAUAAACUGCUUUCUCAAAGGUGGACGACGGUCGGGUUGUGCUGGCGGUCCGCGAGUUCUGGGCCAGUCAGCAUUCAACGAGAGAAGCCAACUGGACCGCUGUUUGAUUUUCAGACCGAGUUGUUUCCUGCUGAUGUAUGCCGUCACUUUACCUGAAUAUGGACAACGUUUCGA